CAUUGCGCAUUCACGAGGCAAGCGCAUCGUGGCGGCACUCGUCGUCGCGCUCCCGUCUUCGUCGUCGUCGUCGCGAUCAUCAUCCUCGUUGACGCCGCCAUCGAGUCAGUAUCGGCGGCGGCCUUGAUAAGGAGGCAGGCGCUCUCCGACCAGCGGAAGGCGAAAAGUCGAACGACAGAAUCGAGCCGAGACCCGACUGCGACGGACCCAACUACAUCGCGAUCAUACGAAACGUCUUCGUCUUCGUUGGAACGAAGCAGUAGCACGAGCGGAAUUUGAGACGCGUUCGAGUAGAAUGUGGGGUAGAGCAAAUAUGGCGGCUGUGAUCCUUCUCCUAGGAUGGUUAUGCAUUUUCGCUCAAGCGGAAGCGGCCAACGCCGAAGUGACGUCCGCCGAUACCGAAGCGGAAACCAUUCUCGAGAGAGCGGCCACGUGGCUGUGGACUCAACGGGACAAGGAUGCCGGAUGGGGUAACGACACGCAUCGGGUGCUUCUCGUUCUUCGUUUGGCCAAUCUUUCACGCGACGACAACGUCGCGCCACUGGCACCGCUCGAGCUGCAACUCACCGCCAAGCAGAUGGAACUGGAGAUUGUACUCUUGCUCUGGAGACACCGAGAAGCCGGGUUUUCCCCGGUUCGGCUGGCACGCUACACUCUGGCCUUGAACGCGAUGUGCAUGAACCCGAGGCAGUUCCACAGCCACGAUCUAAUCGGCAUGUUGCAGCAUCAUGAACCGCCGACCGAUUAUGAAUUCGCACUGACCACGCUCGCGGCGUGCAGCGCACAAGCGCACGUGCGCAAACGACAGAUACGUCGUCUCCUGGAUAUCGCGAAUGCUGCGCGGGACCAUAACGUCGAUACCGUCGCGAUGGUGAUUCUGGCGCUGCAGUGUAUCGUCCAGGACCACCGGCACCGCAAUCUCCAUCAUUUCGUGCGCAAGCCGUCGAUAGGCCUGGCGCAACAACAAAGAUUGGACGGUAGUUUCGGCGACCUGCACACCACCGCGCUGGUGAUGCAAGUGCUGGAGGAAGUGGAGAACGAGCCGGCCGACAACUGGAACAGAUCGGCUGCAUUGGCUUGGCUGCUCAGUCAGCAACGAUCGGAUGGUUCGUUCCACGGCGACGUCCGGACCACCGCCGAGGCGAUGUUGGGUGUCGCACCGCGCGGACUGGCUAGUAUCCGAGCUCUCGAUUGCGGACAGGGUCUAUCGGACAACUCACCGUCGCGUCUCACCACGAGCAAUAUUCCAGAUAUCACCACCACCGACAACCAUAGCGAAACCGCUUUGCCAGGAACACCAGGGGGUGGCAAUUUGAGCAGCGUGGACACGACAGUCGCGGGUACCACCGCGCCGGUGAUGGUAAACGUAUCGUACACCCUGUGGGUGGGCAGCAACGUGAACGAGACGUAUAAUCUGACGGUGACUGCGCCCAAGAACGAGACCUUCUACGGAGUGAUGCUGCUCGCGGCGGAGAUGUCGCCCCACUUCCAGUUCACCGCGUCCGAAUGGCCUAAUGGUCACUACGUUCACACGCUCGCCGGUUACAAGGAGGAGCCAAUGUCCUAUCACUACUGGCUGCUCUACAGGCUGCCCUCACCACCGGAACCAUCCUCACCGCCCGGAAAUCAGCUGGUCGCGCCUGGAGGUGUCGACGACUUGCAGAUCAGCGAGGGGGAGCAUUACCUCUUUUGGUACAAGAAGCUAUGAAGCUCAGGCGGAGCGGAAAGAGCGUGACGAGAGCAAAAUAACAAAAAAUAACGAAAAGAAGGUAACACGAGGGAAACGGGGGGAUAUUUCAUAGAGAAAGAGAAGAGCGAGAGGGAAGCGAGGUUGUACAGUACGAGAGAGAAAGAGACAGAGUGAUAGAGAGAGAGAGAGAGAGAGAGAGAGAGAGAGUAAGAGUGCACGAUCUCGAAGCUCUAGAGCGAGAUCCAGUAUUCACUGCCAUCGCUAAUCGUCGACAGGUAAGAGAAAAAAGAAAUUACGAGCAACGCGAAUGCGAGGGAGGAUUAGGAGAAAAAUAGAUGUAGGUACAUAGGCACACACGCCGACAUACACACAUAAAUGUACACACACGCAGAGACAGUUGUGCAGUGACUUUUGAAACUCCGUUCUAGUGGCUGAUUCAAAAGACCCGAUCUUGAUGAGACGCCGAUCUUGAUCGACAUCAAGCCAGGAUCGAUAUCAAACGUACACACGCAUACACACACAUAAACAGCUCCACUCGUCGACACGUCGAAUGCCACGGUGGUGGAGAUGAUCCGCGAUUCGGCGACGCGAUCGCCUGAAAUUUGAAUCCAGGAUGUGCGCUCUUCGCGUUUGCGUUGUGACUCGGCUACGUCAUAGCUUUUACUGAUCCACGUGUAAAAUGCGAUAAUCGAAGAACCGCAUGGAAAUAUGCAGCUUUCAAGCACAAUCGAGAUGUACUCGUUGAAGAUUUGCAAGCGCUCAUCGCGCGUCAUCGUCUCGGAUGGUUCCGCGCGACGUUCGACGUAUCGAUCCAAGCCACGAAGUUAACGUAACGUUUUCUAUGAGACCACAAGCAUGCGUACUUGUACUUGUCGUGAUUAAUUCGUACUCAAUAAAGCCGAAUAGCCGUACCCGUAUUAGCGAGUAUCCGUUCCCGAUGUUCCCGAGAUCCGGCUGUGUAACGCGUUGAUUUAUAAUAGUCGAAUCACCCCCACGAUUCACGGAGAAUAAAUAAAUACGACGAGUGAAUAAGUAAGUAAGUAACGAAGUAAAUAAGUAAAUGAAUAAAUAAGCAAAUAGUCAGUAAAUAAGUGAAACGAAUCUGGCCUGCCGCUGUUGCUGCUCUGCGACGUGUUCGACGUGGAAAGGAAGACGGAAGCGCAUCUCAUGAACGUCAUAUUUUCGUUUGUGCGCACGAUGUAUCGUUCGCCGAGCCGCUCGAGUGCGAUGUACGAUUUCGUUUUUUCCUUGGAAUCAAUAAAGGAAUCAAUAAAUACACUCAUGAAUCUGA